GAGCGCCACACGGGAUUAAAUCGGCUGUUACCAGGGAAAGCCUGAAAAGAUGAAAGCCUGAAAGCACUGAGAGUGGAAGAAGCUCUGGAAGUAGCAAUCCACGAUAUGACGACGACGUACGUCUUUGAAGACCAAGCACAGUCACACUGAAUCAUAUCCCCCUUUCUCAGAGGAGCGUCGCGAUGGAGGAGAAACACCGCGAAGCUGCCGUUCAACCGUCGUCCAACGUCGAUUCGCCGGCAUCCGAGUCGACUUCCUCCCGCCGCCGCUCCGGAGGGUUAAAAAGAAAGGUUAAUACUCUCGGCUCCUCGAAUUCCACGCCCACGCCCUCGAAACGUGUAACUCGCGAGAAGGCUUUGCCUGCUCAUACUCCUCCCUUACACAAUGGCCCCUUGACCCGGGCUCGUCAAAUCCCGAGCAACCAGGCCACCCCCUCCUCUUCAGCCUUGGUAGCUGGUGGCGGCGGCUCUGCUGCUGGCGCUGCGAAGCACUCACAGCAUGCGGUGACGUCUGAGGCUUUGGGUAGAGACUCAGGCGCGCAUGCGGAGGAUAUUAAGAAGGAGCGUGAGUGGGAGGCUCUGGAAGCUGCGAUCGAAACUGAAUUCGAAGCUAUCAGAUCUCGUGGUGCCAAUGCUCAUGUAGUUCCGAGUCAUUGUGGUUGGUUUUCGUGGACGGAUAUCCAUUCAAUAGAGAAGAAUGCAUUACCUUCUUUCUUUAAUGGGAAAACUGAAAAUCGGACUCCUGAUAUUUAUAUGGAGAUACGGAACUGGAUUAUGAAGAAGUUUCAUGCAAACCCAAAUGCUCAUAUUGAGCUGAAAGACUUGUCUGAGCUUAAUGUUGGAGAUUUGGAUGCCAGGCAAGAGGUAAUGGAGUUUCUGGACCAUUGGGGUUUAAUUAAUUUCCAUCCAUUUCCAUCUACGGACAAUGCUGUUGUCGGCACUGAUGAUGAUGGGCAAGCAGAAAAGCAGUCCUUGGUUGAAAAAUUGUAUCACUUCGAAACUGUGCAAUUAUGUCCGCGUGUUGUUCCAAAGACCAACCAAAUGACUCAAGAUAUGCCAUCUGGCUUGUUUCCUGAAUCAACAUUUGCUGAAGAGUUGGUGAAACAGGAGGGGCCAGCAGUUGAGUACCACUGCAACUCCUGUUCAGCUGAUUGUUCGCGCAAACGCUACCAUUGCCAGAAGCAGGCAGAUUUUGAUCUAUGUACUGAUUGCUUUAGUAAUGGAAAGUUUGGCUCUGGUAUGUCUUCAACGGAUUUUAUACUUAUGGAACCAGCUGAAGUCCAAGGGGUUAGUGGUGGAAAGUGGACUGAUCAGGAGACCCUCUUGCUUCUUGAAGCAUUAGAACUCUAUAAAGAAAAUUGGAAUGAAAUUGCUGAGCAUGUUGCAACGAAAACAAAAGCUCAAUGUAUAUUACACUUUGUUCAAAUGCCAAUUGAAGAAGCUUUUGUUGAUAGUGAUGUUGUUGCUGCCAAUUGUAAAGAAACUGCUGAUCCAGCUGCAGCUAAAAAUGAUUCAUCUAUUGUCAAAGAUGCAUCAGAAACUCUUGAACGUAAGACCAGUAAUGGUGAUGGACAAGUCCUGACCCCAUGCGAUGAAACUUUAAAGGCUGAAGAUGCUAAUAAAGUAAAAGUUGAUCAAGAGACCCUAAUGCCAGAAAAUGGCAGCAAUGAGAAAAUUAGUGAGGGAAAUGGCAAACCAGAAAAUGCUGCUGAAGUGAAACUUGGACAGGAAGCUAGUGACGGCUUUGUUCUAAAGGCUCUUGGGGAAGCAUUUGAAGCUAUCGGUUAUUCUCCUGGACCUGAAGGGCCCUUGUCAUUUGCGGAAGUGGGCAAUCCUGUGAUGGCAUUGGGAGGUUUCCUGGCACGCUUGGUGGGUUCUGAUAUGGCUGUUGCUUCAGCUCAUAGCUCCUUAAAAUCCAUAUCUUCUAAUUCUCCCAGCAUUGAGCUUGCAGCAAGACAUUGCUUUCUUCUGGAAAAUCCACCUGAUGAUAAUAAGAAGGGACCAUCUAGAUUAGAAAGGGAUUCUAAAAUGGAUGCGGGUCAAGAUGAAAGUGAAAAACAGGAUAAAUCUAUAUUACCUGCUAAAGACAUAUCAAAUGAUCACAAUGAAAGGAAAAUUGCAAAUGAUGCUUUAGAAGAUAAAAGACAGUUGAACUCUCCCAAUGGUGGAGCCUCAGAGGAACCUGGUCCUUUAAAGGAGCAAGCAAUAGCUAAUCAUGAGGAAAUUGUGCCUGAUAAUUGUAAAAAUCCAGCCAAUUCAAAGUUGUCUGGUGAUUGUACUAUCCAGCAUUCAGAUGGUUCGACAUCCAAGGCUGAAGGAACUUCAAUUAAAGAGCUUUGUCAGCCUGCAGAGAAAACAAAGGAUGACUCUGUUGUUUCUGAUUCUCUUCGCUCUGAAAAGAAUGAUCUUCAGCAGUCAACUGCGGCCAAGAAAGCAGGAGAAAAGCCCAAGUCUGUACAGGCGCCAACAGACACGGAGGUCGUGUCUGAUUCUUUGCCCUCAGAUAAAAACAAACCUCAAAAACCUCUAUCUAAAAAUCCAGUUGGUGAGCAUAUGGAAAUGACGGAACCAGUAAUGAAUGUUGACGUGGUUCCUAAUUCCUUGCCAUCAGAGAAGAAUCAGAAGAAUGAAUCUGAGCCGCAGGUUACACUAGAUUCGUCUCAACAUGCAGGGACAACAAAGGAUGUUGAUAUGACGUCUUCGUUGGACCAGAAUGAACCUUCUCAUCCAGUCACAUCAAAGUCUGGUGCUGAAAAUGGGAAAAGCCCAGGUGAAGACGACACAGAAAAUGGUAGGAAAAUGGAAGAUAAUAUCACAAAUACCAAACAAGCUAACAAAUUUGAAAAAUUAAAACAUGCUGCGAUUUCUACACUUGCUGCAGCAGCAGUUAAGGCAAAACUUCUAGCCAAUCAAGAAGAAGAUCAAAUUCAACAACUUGCUACAUUAUUGAUAGAAAAACAGCUGCACAAGUUGGAGACGAAGUUAGCCUUUUUCAAUGAUAUGGAUAAUGUGGUGAUGAGGGUCAGAGAACACUUGGAUCGGUCACGGCAGAAGCUUUACCAUGAGCGUGCAAUGAUAAUUGCAUCUCGCCUUGGGAUACCACCUACAGCUAGAGGUGUACCCCCUUCCUUACCAAUGAAUCGAGUUCCCAUGAAUUUUGCAAAUUCAGUACCAAGACCACCAAUUAAUAUGAAUCCCCAAAGGCUACCAAUUUCUAGGUCCAUGGGCACUGUGGCAACCACCCUUUCAAACUCAUCAUCUGCACCCACAACAGGAAAUUCAGUUCAGCCAACCGGCCAGGAGAAUUUUUCAUCGGUUGAGACAAAAUAAAUGUCACGUGUGUCUUGAGAAUGUUCAAGUAUUCUUACAUAGCGAUAGUCUGCUACUAUUCUGAUAAUCCAAUUCUUUAAAGGCCAAGCGUUGGUUAGGAGUUAGGAGACUCACUCCAAAACCACAGUUACUGACAGUUCUAUGACCAGAACCAGAAUCAUGAAUUGUAGGAGCAUCUUAACCUCAUUUUGAGCAGCAGCUUGAGGUGGCAAUUUGGAUACAGAUCUGGUGAUAUAUUGAAUUUGUAGGGCUAUUGGCUCAUAGUAAUGUUUUGACGUGUUUAACUCCAGCAAGUGGAUAGAUAUGCCGAAAGGGCGCUCCCCCAUCUCACUUCACCGCUUAAAUCUUGGGAAGGUGCUUUUGUGAAGUUUAUGUAGUUUUGUGAAUGUACAUGUCCUGCUUGUUCCAUAUUAGAACUUACCACACACCACACUAGAUAACCGCGCUGUGCCUUUUCCCAAUUUUCCCCCCCUCUCUCUUUGCUUUGCGUCUUCAUUGUUUGGGGUUAGUUGCAACUCUAAUAUUCAACAGGUUUUUCAACAAAUUUAGCUGAGCUUCGGGAUGGUUUACCUAUUUGCAAUUUGUCGGUUGCCCUUUUGGUCAUGUACUAUUUGCAAGCAAGAUAAUGCAUUACUUGUAUUGUAACCGGAUGGAAGUGCCUUUUGCUUCUUUUAGGGUUCGCGAGUGAUUUUGGUGGAGAUGCUUGCGUUAUCUGGUGAGGAGUAUAAUUGUUUUGGUUCUCCAACCAUGAGUGGAAAAUCAUGUACUAGCUUUUUGUUGUGGCUCC